AUGUCUAGGAAGAAGCGCACAACCGCGAGUACCUCGACUGACUCGCGACCCGGCGGCGGCACGCGGCGGAGUGACCGCGAUCCUGAUGAAGAGUGGGACAGCGAUGACUUCGAAUGGGUCGAGACUGCCGACAGCGAGGGUGAGGUCGAGUCCGAGUCGGAGUAUUACUUCUUGAGCAGCAGCCCGGGUGGCCGCUCGAAAUCAGGUCAACCCCCAAGCUCCAAUGGCAGUCGAGGUGGUGAUCGCAGUGGCGAUGUCGAUCAGAUAUUGUCAGAAGCGUAUCUCGGAGGAGACAUCGAUUCAGACGAGGCAUGGAUCAUGCUGCAGGCGAUGCUCAGAAAGGAAAGGCGGGCCGAGAAGUCGGUAGCAGCGACCUAUCUCUUUCAUAUUGAACGGCUCAAGCGUGGCGCCGGCCUGCUGCCCGCACACUACGAUGAUGGAACAGAUGUCACCUAUGAGACGCUCAAUGAAGACCUGGAACAAGGUCUAGAGAAGCUCAGAAGUGACUUUCCGACGUCUCAAGCCGGGUUGCGCGACUCGUAUGCAGAGUAUCAGUGGUUGUCGCGUCAGGUGUGGGAGUCGGCGCCAGGAUUAACAGGUAGCCCCGAGUCGCUCUUCCAAAAGAUGGAAGCCGAGAAUCCAGAACUCGCUACGGUGUCGAGGACUGAGAUCAUGGUGUUCUUGACUGAUAACCCCGUAGCGAGGACCGACGAGUACGCGACCGAAGCGACCUCCUGGCGGAGCGGUACGGAUACCAUGAAGACGCUCCUCCAGAAAGUGCAUGACUUUGAGGCGCAGCAAAAGGAAGGCAAUCGUGAACUAUUAUCGGUUUUGGAGGAGGAGAAGGAAGUGCUACGUUCGAUCUGGGCAAGGGAGAGGUGGAAGGAGCAUUCAGAGAGUACUGUGGCGCCACUGGCCAUGGCGGGGCGUUCGGUCUCGUCGUCCCGGCAGAAGCGAUCUCGCUCGAUGCGAUCAGAAGACAAAAGGUACCACACGAAAAAAUCUCGACAGGAGAUGGAAGCGGCACGAUUGUACUAG